AUUGUAGAUGUGCCCUCCGAAUGGCGUUUUUGAACCAUCCACGUCGACUUGCGUCUCAGUAGACACUGCACCUUGCAAAGCCACGACUACGACAACAACGACAACAACCACGACGACUACUACCUUGGCACCGUUUACUUGCCCCGUGGCAGAUGGAUUCUACGAAAUUUCUGCUUGCAUUCAAACGUACUACGCUUGCAUCGGAGGACAGGAGUAUCCUCAAACUUGCCCAGGAAACGCAAUUUUUGUCGGUCCACCAACUUCGGCUUGCAAAUCCCCGGAAGAGACAACCUGUUGUAAGUAA